GAUAUCUCCAAUUAAAUGUUUGUAUCAUGACUUAACCCGGUGUUUGGUUGCACUGUUGGAUAACAUGAGUCCUGAGGUUGGCCCGGCAAAGCCCGCACUGUUCACACACACAACAUGUGAUUCGUAUCAGCAUUUGAGCUGCCGAUUAUAAUCAUACCUCGACUCCCGUGUCUGAUAAAUCAUCAACAUUUCCAUUUUGCCCUCGAUAUUUGAUUUGAAUUUUGGAAACACCUCCUCCAAUCAUUCAUCCCCAAACCUUGUAUGUUCCUGUGCAGGCAAACCCUACAUUUGAAGCCGGAGUUGUUACAACAAUUGAGGAAUCCAUACCCCACGCACACACGGUAGGCCAAAAUUGUUGUAUUAUUCCCCUCUAUAACCGUUUGGAUUGGUGUGUGUAUAUGGUCACAAAUCCCGCCUGAAUACAUACAUGGGGUUCUUCGUUAGGGCUCCGAUCAAUAAAUGACUAUCCAAUUUCGUUCAAAUAAAAUCAGACUCUUUUCCGUGCCGUCCCCUUCGGUAGGUAAUUAUCUGCAAUCGUAUGUUAUGAGCAGUCGUGUGUUGAUGUGUUUAGAUUUGUCGAUCUGACCGUAAAAAUAAAUAAAUACAUGUGUUUGUUUUAUUAUGGCUUGAUUGAUCGAGAACACAAUUGCAAAGCUCUUCUUUUCGAUUCCUAGUACCAAUUUGUGUGCUGUGUUUUUUGAUGCUCCUUUUGUUUGUAAUAUGACCCGAUUUGUUUGGAGUUUCGCAUAGCAAGCACGCUGCUGGUUGGAAGUUCUUUCAAAGUUUCAUAACAUGUUUUUGUGUGGUUUGUUGGGUGUAAUAUUUGUGCAAUAUCUGAUUAGGUGCAGUGCAUUGGUUUGAAUUUAUCUCUGGGGUGAUGGCUCGUAUAGUUCGUGUACCCUCUACAGUCUACGUUAUGGUAGAAGACAUCCUAAAUCUUAUGCUUAUUCAAUCGAUCAUCAUUAUGUAUUUAUACAUGAAAAGAAGAACACGUUCUGCUUGUCGUGUAGCAAACCGUGUGGUUAGGUACUCUAUAGUUGAUAGGAUACCUCCACAAGUGAAACAUGAAUAGGCUACUAUCACUGUCAGACGUAGAUAGUUUUGUGAACCUCCGUAUGGAUAGGAACGCAUUUGGUCGUUUGUGUAUCCUCUUAAGAGAACAAGGUGGUCUACGGGAUGGUCGGUACGUGUUAGUAGAGGAACAAGUUGCUAUAUUUUUAAGUAUUCUAGCCCAUCAUAAGAAAAUUAGACCAUCUGGCUUUGAUUUUCUACGGUUCGGUGAAACCAUAUCCCACUAUGUGCAUCUUGUGCUUCAAGUUGUACUCAGAUUACAUACUAUACUCUUACCUAAGCCUGAUCCAGUACCAGACUCUUGCACUGAUCCGUGUUGGAAACACUUCAAGGGUUGUGUUGGUGCCUUGGAUGGGACAUAUAUAAAUGUCCUUGUUAGGAAUGUCGAUAAACCGCGAUAUUGAACGAGGAAGGGGCAAAUAGCGACCAACGUGCUAGCCGCCUGUGACAGAAACAUGAAAUUUCUAUUUUUCUUACCUGGGUGGGAGGGUUUGGCCGCCGACUCUCGAGUGCUUAGGGAUGCUGUGACUAGAGAUGGGGGUUUGCGUGUGACAAGAGGAACAUACUAUCUGUGCGAUAAUGGAUACGCAAAUGCUGCAAGGUUCUUGACUCCGUACAAAAAUGUGCGUUAUCAUCUCAAGGAGUGGGGCGUCGGCGCUCAGAGACCUCAAAAUGCCCGGGAGUUGUUCAAUCUACGGCACACUAGAGCUCGUAACAUUAUGGAGCGCGCUUUUGCUGUGCUAAAGAUGAGAUGGAACAUCUUACGAAGUGCUAGUUUCUAUCCGAUUAAGAUCCAAAUCCGGUUAAUCAUGGCAUGCUCCCUGCUACACAAUUUCAUUUGUGGUGAAAUGUUGAACAACCCACUUGAUCAACACGUUGAAUGUGCUACUCAAGAUUUGGGGGAUGAAGAUGGCCAUGGGGACCCGGAUUUUGUUGAUCAAGUAGAGCCGAGUACGGAAUGGAAUCAAAUGCGUGAUGACCUGGCUAACUCCAUGUGGAGUAAUCAACCAAAUGUCGAUGAGAGUUGAAGAAACUGACAUGAUACCUGAGUGUAUCUGCGGUGGGGCAAGAUGAAGUUGUUUUGCGCGGGAAAAUAAGCUAUACAUUCCGGUCGCUACUUCUACAAAUGUCCUACCAAUGCAAAACAUUCAGGGUCAUUCUUAUGGUGCGAUGACUAUCAUAGUCGGACUGGAGAUGGGAAACAACCUAUUUAUGUGAUCAAUCAACUGUAUCAGGCUACGAAGCAGGGGGGUCCAAUGAGGCUAUGAAGAAUAAAAAGAUGUCUUACACCAGGAGUGUGCGUGAGGUUUGCGGUCGUUGUAACCUAGAGACCCGAAUGAACUCGAUGUUGGUUGUAAUGGGUUUAGUAUUGCUACUGGUUGGUAUUGCAUUAGGAAAAUUGCUCUAGGAUUGGUACCGUAUUUUGCUGUUUUUGACUUAUAUUUUACCUAAGUUGCUGCAUUUGAUCGUAGUAGUAUUAUGUAAAUCGUCUUGUAUCACUGUGAACUAUAUUUAUGUUGUUUGUUGACGUGUUCUAAUGGGCAUUCAAAUCGUGUUGUCAAA